GGAAAUGCUUUCCUGGGGCUCUGUGUAACAUAACUAAUGAUAGUUUGAAACAGAAGAUAAAAUUAUACGUUCAGAGAACAAGUCAUACUAGCUAGCCAACAAUACGUUUAUCAGAUGAUUUCAAAGAAAGCGAAUUAAAAUAAUCGACCGAAAUGUCCACACUUUCUACUUCUGUUGUGCAGUAUGGUCGAAGAAAAGGAUCCAGCAGGAAGGUUGCCUCAGCAGAGGUGAAAAAUGUGCCUAGUCAGCCAGUAGAUCUUCGCCAAGUGACAGUGCUACCCAGAUCAGAAUGGCUGCGACUCCAAGACAAUCUGAAUCAGGUGAACAAACACAAGGAGAGUCUGAUUGAAGCAGUAAAGCAGAGGGAGGCCCUGCACUUGCGAUCCAAGGAGGUGGUAAAAAACUGGACAAAUACCAUUGCUGGACAACGGCAAAAAAAGUUGGAGGCUAAGAAAAACAGAGAAGAAGCCGAAGAGGAGGAAAGGAAACAAAUUGACAUAGAGGAAGCAAAGUUCCAACAGCAAAAAAGAAAAGAGGCAAUUGAGAUGGCAAAGACCCGCCAAUACUAUCAGACAAACAGAGUGAAAGAAUUUCAUAGUGCCCUUUUGCUGACUGAAGUUUUGAAGGAGAGGGAGGCCCAGAUUGAGCUGAAAAGAAGAAGGGAGAAUGCUUCUAAAGAUGUGGAUAAAGAAGUCUUGACCAUGAUUGCACGCAGAGAGGAGCAAGCUACACAGCAGGAGCACCAGAAAGCCCUGGAGAAGAAGAAAGAGUGUCUCUCAGUAGCUGAGAGUUUAAAACAACAGAUUAAAGAUCAUGAAUGUGCAAGAGAACAGGACAGAAUGGAAGAGAGGAAGGAGGCAGGGGAACUCCAGCGACUCAGAGAGCUUUAUCUUCGGGAGCAAUACAUGCAUGAGCAGAAGAAGCAAGAGGAAAAAAGAAACAUCAUGAGAGCCCAUCAGGAACACCUGGCCAACAGAGAUAAAAUCCAAGCAAUUGAGGCUCAGAAGCAAAAAGAGGAGGAGGAUAGGCAAAGGCUCUAUGCAAGUGCUAAAAAGAAGAUGAUGAAACUGAGGAAAGAUAAAGAGGCAGAGCUGUUUAGAGAGACGCAGAGACACAGGGAGGCCAUUAUUGAUAGGUUGUCAGCACAGCGUCAAGAGCAGACCACCAACGAGGACAAUCUGAUCUCCAAAGCAGUGGCAGAAGCUGAGGCCAAGAGGGCUCGACAUCAGCGUGAGAAGGACGAGAAGAAGGCAGCCAUGCUGAGGUCCAUUGCUGCACACAGAGAAGCCGUGCAACAAGAACAGGAGCACAAGGAGCAAGAGGAGAAACAAAAAGCUGUUGAGAUGCUAAAUGCGAAGAAAGAGGCUGAUAACAUUUUUCUUGAAAAGCAAGAACUCAAGGCACAGAAAAUGAAAGAGUAUGCCAGAUCACUCCAAGACACAUAUGUUCAUCAGAUGGCUGAGAAACGUGAACAAGACAAGCGCAUGAAAAAAGAACAAUGGGAGUUUGAAGCGAGGAAUGCAGCGCUUAUUGCAGAGGAAGAGAAUCAGUUUCAGCAGUAUGCAAAGCUUGUGAUUCAGACUGCCACUGAAGCCCAGAGAAACACCUACCCUCUACGCAAGGCUGCCAGGGAAGGCAUUGGUGGAGGACUGGGUCCUGUAUUUGGUGGAGUUAGGCCAAGUUAUCUUGUUCACGAUGAGUCAGGUGCUCAGAUGCCUGGUUAUGUAAGCAGUACUACUGAAGGCAUAAAGGAGCUGAAUGAGAUCACUGACAUUCAGCAAUCCAAGAAACGGCUGGGAUUUACUUGGUGAUGGUCAUGAGUUAUAUAGCAUUUAGCUAUUAUUGCCACCAUUGUCAAAAUAAUAAAGAGAACAUACCUUUCAAAUUAA